AGUGGGUGUUGUUUUUGUUUUUUGCCCAUAUAAACAUUCGAUCAGCAAUCAAUCAGUUUCAUUUUGUUUUAAUUUCUUUUUCUUUUCUUUUCUUUGAUUUAAGUCUUUUAUUUCAAAUCACAUAAAUUUUGUUUUAAAAAAAUGGUUCAGCCAAGCACAUUUGAUUUAGGACCACAUACAUUGAAAAUUUCUCGAACAUUACAUCAAAUUAAUCGUAAUCGUUUAGUUGAACGAUUACGUUCGGAUAAAAAUGUUCCCGAUCAUUCGAUGAUUGUAUUGCAAGGUGGAAAAACUCAAAACAAUUAUGAUACGGAUACUGAACCAGUAUUUCGUCAGGAAUCCUAUUUUCAUUGGACAUUUGGUGUUGGUGAGCCUGAUUAUUAUGGAGCUAUUGAUCUAACCACUGGUAAAUCAUACUUGUUUGCACCGAAAUUACCCGAUUCAUAUGCUAUUUGGAUGGGCAAGCUAUAUACUUUGAAUGAUCUUGUCGAUCGAUAUAAUGUUGAUGCUGUUUAUUAUACCGAACAGAUAUGUCAAGUUUUGUCUGAACUUAAACCUCAAGUGUUGUUGACGUUGAAAGGUUUGAACACUGAUUCCAAUUUGGAAACGUUCGAAACUCAAUUCGAUGGAAUUGAUGGAUUUAAAAUUAACAAUUCAUUAUUGCAUCCUCAUAUGGCAGAAUUACGUGUGUUCAAAACAUCACAAGAACUUGAUGUGAUUCGUUAUGCGAAUAAGAUUAGUAGCGAAGCCCAUGUUGAAGUGAUGAAGUCAAUGAGGCCGGGCAUGACCGAAUAUCAAUUGGAAUCCAUAUUCCUUCAUUAUUGUUACUUCAAUGGUGGAGCACGGCAUGUAUCAUAUACAUGUAUCUGUGCAAGCGGAUCUAAUGGUGGUGUUUUACAUUAUGGACAUGCGGCGGCGCCAAACAACAAAACUAUCCAUGAUGGUGAUAUGUGUACAUUCGAUAUGGGAUGUGAGUAUUACCGCUACUCAUCGGACAUCACUUGUUCUUUUCCUGCCAAUGGAAUAUUUACGCCUGAUCAAAGAAUUAUCUAUGAAGCAGUGCUCAAGGCUAAUCGAACUGUUAUGAACGCCGUCAAGCCUGGUGUGUCUUGGAGAGAUAUGCAUCUGUUGGCCGAAAAGACUCAAUUGGAACAAAUGUUAAAACAUGGCUUGCUACAGGGAGAUAUUGAUGAAAUGAUGAAAGCUAGACUGGGCUAUUUCUUCAUGCCUCAUGGACUGGGCCAUCUGCUCGGUAUCGAUGUACAUGAUGUCGGUGGCUAUCUUGAUACGUGUCCACCUCGUAGCAAUGAGCCAGGAUUACGGCAACUUCGUACAGCCAGGAUUUUAGAGAAAGAUAUGGUAUUGACCAUUGAACCAGGCAUUUAUUUUGUUGAUGCAUUACUUGAACAGGCUCAAAAUGAUCCUCAACUAAGCAAAUUCAUUGUAUGGCCUGUGAUUGACCGAUUUCGAUCAUUUGGAGGGGUUCGAAUUGAAGAUGAUGUGGUUAUUACGGCUGAUGGUUGUGAACUUUUGACCAAAGUUCCACGUACUGUUGAUGAAAUCGAAGCUAUUAUGGCUGAAGGUCGAAAAAAAGAAAUAAAAUUUCCGCAACAAACAUUAUUAAAAAAUGGCAAAUAAUCUUUAUUUUUCCUAGGCAUCCGGUUAUCUAUAUUUGUUUUUAUCUAAUUGACAAACUGUUUGUAUGCAAUGAAAUAAAAUAAUCCAUAUUUUUU